AUCGCAGCUGAGUGACAAAACAUCCUAUUUUGUCAACAUUGUAAUUGUUUGUGCUCGUCGGAUUCUAGUUUGCAUCGACAUUUUUUAAACGUGUCAUUCGUCCUUACUACUAGCUCAAAGAUUACAAUUACGUUAUGUGCUUUUAAACACAACCACGUGUAAGAAUCAGAGUGCUGUACGUCCUCGUUGCAAAGAUAAAAAUCCCUUUAGUCAGAUUUCUGACGUUAUCUUCAUCUGUUGUCAAAAUACACUUUCUGGGCUGCUAAAUGAAUAAAUGUAACCGUAGAAAGAGUUAUAAUUUCUAUUGUCAGGAAAUGGUGUUGGCCUUGUGAAGCGCAGCCACGUGCUCCUUGCCGACCCGAGGGCUCGCGGCUUCGCUCCAUUUUUGGCGCCAAGAACGAAGUAGCCCUUCUCUCCGCGCGCGAAACCGAGCAUGUCCGCAUUGUGACCGAGGGUCGCUGUGUCCGCACUCGUGUCCAGAGUCGUGUCCCCGCAGCCGGCGGUGUGAGUACAGUCCGUCCCGGCGUGCUCCGUUAUGAAGAUGGCACGCUAAAGUACAGCACUACGAUGAAAUGACUGAUAAAGGAAGAGCUCAGGGGAAGUGGUGAGACUUCAGUUUUCCUUCCCUAAUUGUUGUCACUGAAGAUCGCCGAAGACGUCAACAACACGACAACUGGACUCUGACUCAUUCAGGCACCUGCCCGAGACUCUGCACAUGCCGCCCUCAUUGCGGUACCUCUUUGCCCUCAUCAUGCUUCGCUGCAGCCGGACCUGGUGUACUGUGGCGCUACUGGGCCUCCUGUGCUCUUCUCUGGGCUCUCUCCUUCCACGCAAAUCUUUCUCCAUCGGGAGUCCCAGUAGACUUCUGGCUCAAUUCAACAGGUCAGACACUGGAAAUACCACCACACUGUUGCUGAGCGAUGAUGGGAACACACUGUUUGUGGGAGGAAGAGAUGCUGUACUCUCUUUGGAUGUCAGCAAUCCAGGUGUCAUGGAGUUGAGAAAAAAGCUGACCUGGAAGCCAUCUCCAAAUGACCUUAACAGCUGUAACAUGAGAAGCAAACAAAAGAGGGAUUGUCACAACUUCAUCCGAGUCCUUCAGUUCCUCAAUGCGACUCACAUGUACACCUGUGGGACAUUUGCCUUCAGCCCGCACUGCGCCUAUAUAGAUGUACCAAUGUUCACCCUUUACGCCAAUCCAGAGCAGGCCAAAGGCCGUUGCCCCUUCAAUCCGUACCGAAGGAACACAGCAGUUGUUGUUGAUGGAGAGUUGUAUGUGGGCACCAUGGAGGACUACUGGGAGAAUCAACCAGCAAUCUCGCGGUACCUGAGCCAUGGGAGUCGCGCUGACUUAAAACUAGACAGUGUGCCUGGCUGGCUGGAGGAUCCUACCUUCGUAAACUCCAUCUUCAUCCCCAGUGAGAAGAAAGUCUAUUACUUCCUCACAGAGGUUAACACAGAGUACACCUUUGGCAAAAAAUUCCUGGUUUCUCGGAUCGCGCAGGUCUGCACGAAUGACAUGGGAGGAGAGCGUAUCCUGCAGAAACGCUGGACAACCUUCGCCAAAGCUCAGCUUUUGUGCCAGUCAGAAGGAGAUCUGCCGUUCAACAUCCUCCAGGACAUUGUCAUCCUUUCCAAACCAGAUGGUUCCUCUCCAGAUGAAGUGCUUUUCUAUGGUAUUUUCAGUUCUCAGUGGUCACUGACAUCAGGACAGUCAGCAGUGUGUGUAUUUCGACUUAAUGACAUCAAGAAAGUAUUUUCUGGAGAAUACUUGCAGCUGAACCGAAAUACAAUGAGAUGGACCUCUAAAACUUCAAAGCAGACUGUCACCCCAGGAGUGUGUGGGUUGCACUCUGCAUCAGACAGCACCCUUAGUUAUGUAAAAGAGAACUUCCUUGCCAAGGACAGUGUUAAGUCACUCAAUGGCCUGGUGUUGGUGUCCCCAGACCAGCACUACAGCAGGAUUGCUGCCCAGAGGACACAGGCAGCCAAUGGACGCAACUUCACUGUGCUCUACUUGCUCAGUGAAUCUGGUUUCCUUCACAAAGUGGUUCUGCUGGAAAAAGGCCCUCAUAUCAUAGAGGAAGUCCAGGUCUUCACACAACCACAGUCUGUCAAGAACAUUGUCCUCUCCAUCACUAAGGGUGUGGUUUUUGUAGGCUCUUCUGAGGGUGUGUUCCAGCUGUCAGUGUCCAACUGUUCGUUCUACUGGAACUGUAUUGACUGUGUGCUGGCCCGAGAUCCUUUCUGCGGCUGGGACCCAGCCCAGAGUGUCUGCACCGAAUGGUCUAACAGCAAAUCUACUGUAUGGCAGGAUUUGGAGAAGGGCAAUGUGACAACGACAUGUGGCAGUGUUCAGACACGUAAAUCCAAGUCUGGACUCCUGGAUCACCCCAGAGAGCGCAAAAACGUGAUUGAAAACGAAAUAGUGGAGCUUCACUGUCCCAAGUCAUCCAAUCUGGCUUUGCUGUACUGGGAGCGCGCUGAUGGCCAUCAGCUCUCCAAGCACAUCUACUUGCAGCUAGACCACGGCAACAUACGCUUCCCAGCAACGUCCCAAACUGUUGGAGAUUACAACUGCAUCUCCUUGGAAAACAGCCACAGAGAGAUCCUGGCACGCAUCACUGUGAAGCUGAGAGCUAGUCCCCGGUCUUUCAUUUCAAAUAAUGUCCAGGGAAAUGAAGUCAACAGAGAUUCUGAGUACAUAAGAGAAACAGAAAACUUAACUCGAACAGCUAACAGUGAUAGUGGCUGCUUUCGUAAAAUGGUGGCAGUCUCCGUCUUACUGGCAGUAACUCUGUUCCUAUUGGUAGUUGUAGGCUUGUAUGUGUGGCACGUGAGGACACGGGCUAAACCAGCCACAGUAGCAUGCCCUCAGAAAGACAUUGAGAUGGACCUUCAUGAACAGGACCCUCUUACAACUGUCAAAUAUAAUCAAAAUGAAAGCACCACAGGAAAUCACUCUACAAACCACAAACCCCGUGACUCUCUUUGAACCAGGUGGCUUGUCUCAACAUAUUUAACCAUGCAGGUUUACACCAUUCUCCCAUGUCUUUGAAGUAAUUCCAGUAACAAAUUGAUGGGCAUUUCUCAAUUCUAUGAAAUUAAUGGCUUAAGUCAAACAAUUUAUUUUCUGUUGUAACAAGUGUCCAUGAGUCAUAUUUGCUUACUAGAUAAUAAAUAAUAAUGAGAUAAAUAAUUAGAUAAAAGCUGCCCCAUUGCUUCAGACUUGUAAUAUAUGUCUAAUAGGGGUGAGAUUCCUUUUUUCCUGAAAUUACUGUAAAUGUCAGAAUGCUACAAAAUGAAGGAUCUUUUUUACUUUGUGUUCCAAGCUUCUUAUAAAGAAUUUUACAUUUACUCAUUUAUCUGAUACUUUUCUCCGAAGCACCUACCUAUA